AUAUAAUGAUAAACUAAGAAUAUUUUUAAAACCAUUUAUUCAACUAAUCUUCUUUAGAUUAUCAUAAUAGAAAUUAAUCCUUCUUAACAAUGUCACAUAACUCUAAAGAACUCACACAAUAAUCACUAUUUUUCCUUUCAAAGAUGGCUAAUGAAACGGUUGUGCGGUUUGGUAUUCUUGGGUGUGCUCAAAUCUCUAUCAAGUUGUGCAAAGCCAUAAGCAAAGCACAAAAUGCCACACUCAUAGCAAUUGGAAGCCGUUCUCUAGAGAAAGCAACUGCUUUUGCGGCGGAGCAAGGGUUGCCGGAGGUGGUUAGGGUUUACGGGAGCUACGAGGCUGUUUUGGAAGAUAAUGAGGUAGAUGCAGUCUACAUCCCUCUUCCGACAGCCUUGCAUGUGACUUGGGCAGUCAAGGCCGCCGAGAGGGGGAAACAUGUGUUGUUGGAGAAGCCGGUCGCGAUGAAUGUAUCGGAGCUUGAUCGGAUUCUUGAAGCUUGUGAGACUAAUGGAGUGCAGUUUAUGGAUGGUUCAAUGUGGUUGCAUCACCCUAGAACUGCAAAAAUGAAGGAGGCUUUGUGUGAUGAGCAACGUUUUGGUCAACUCAAAUGGAUACAUAGUUGCAUGACUUACAAUCCUGGUCCUGAGUUCCUCAAAAACAGCAUCCGAAUGAAACCAGAUUUAGAUGGUCUUGGUGCUCUUGGUGACAUAGGUUGGUACAGCAUCCAAGCAAUUUUAUGGUCUGUAAACUAUGAGCUUCCGAAAUCAGUUCUAGCAUUCCCAAAAGCCACACUCAAUGAAGACAAUGUAAUAAUAUCAUGUGGUUCUUCAUUACAUUGGGAAGAUGGAAAAUCUGCCACAUUCCAUUGCUCUUUCUUAACAUAUGUAAACUUUGAUGUAACAAUUUUGGGAACAAAAGGGUCGCUUCGUCUUCACGAUUUAACGCUUCCGUUUGAAGAGAGUUUAGGGUUUGGAACAUUUUCGGAGUCGUCCGAGAUUGAUUAUGCAAAGAUUGAACAAGGUAGGUGGUGUCCUAGGGCAAAUGAACAUGUUGUUGAGACAAUGUUUUCUCAAGAUGUUUGGAUGGUUAAGGAGUUUGCUGAUUUGGUUGGUAAAAUUAUGAGGUUGGAAAUGAAACCUGAGAAGACAUGGGAAGUUGUUAGUAGAAAGACUCAAAUUGUGUUGGAUGCUGUGAAGGAGUCUAUUCAAAGAGGUUAUGAAUCUGUUGAAAUUGUGAUGAAUUAGGUUAAAUAAAGUGAGAGAUGAUUUGAAAAUGUGGUUGGAUUGUGAAUUUGUGAUUUUGGAAUUACAUUGUGAUCUUUGAAUUGUGAAAAAUGACAAUAUUAUUUUGAUAAAGUCUUGCAAUUAACUAAUGUUAAAGUUGUAAUGUGAUUUGUGAAUGAUUCUAAAAAUUUGAUGCAGUUUUCUAA